AUGGAUAAAUGUAGGCUUUGCCGUAAACCAGCAGUUCAACUAUUUGAGACUGGAAAAGCUGGAGUGUAUGCUUGUUUCAAAUGCCAACCUCUAGUCCCUGAAGUGACGCUAGCAGACACUGCCCCAGAGGAAACAGACCCAUUGGAAGUAACUCUAACUAAUACUGAUGAGGAAACAACAAACCUUGGUAACAAAACCUUGUAUUGUGGCAUAUGCCACAAGACAUUUUACAAGUCAAUACAGUUGCAGAACCACUUGCGCAACCAUCGGGCUGAGAGGCGAUUUAUCUGCACUUACUGCAAUAAAGCUUUUUCUCAAUCAAAUAACUUGAGGGCACAUCUUCGGAUCCACACUAAUGAGAGGCCAUUCAAAUGUACUGAAUGUGGGAAAGCUUUUACUCAGGUGACAAAUUUGAACAAUCAUGUAAGACUUCACACUGGUGAAAGGCCAUACGUAUGUUCAGAGCCUGGAUGCAAUAAGGCGUAUGCUCAGGUGACGAACUUGAAUCAACAUCGCAAGCGCCACUUGAACGGGCGGCCCGUGGAGAGUUCCUACGAUUGUACCGUGUGCGGUGAGCAGUUCUCGCAGCGCAAUCAUAUGUACAAUCACAGGCGCGAAGUUCACGGCGAGACCCGUGCGGCGACCGCGCGGUUCCCGUGUGGCGAAUGCGACGCCACCUUCACUACCGAGCGGAUGUUGCGCGCGCACCAAACGCAGCACGCGCCGGAGACUGAAGAUAAAGUAGCGGAUGGUUCGCUGCGGUGCGUAUUCAGCGGGUGCGGUGUGACAGUGAGCAGUCCGAGCGCUCACACCGACCACUUGUUGCGCGCCCACCAGCUGCGGGUGAUGGCCGCGCCCGCCGCCGCGCGCCCGCCCCGCCGCGGCCGCCCGCCCAAGACUUCUAAAGAUGAUCCUCUAGCGAACACCGAAUAUCACGAUAUAAAAAUUAUAAAAGAAGAUCAGCCGCAAUACUUACCCAAAUUGAGAGUGCAGUUAAAAGUACAGAGCAUGUUCGAGUAA